CCGCGCGCCAGCCGAGCCCGCUGCUCACCUGCAGCCGCGCCGCUCACCUGCCGCCGAGCGCGCGCCCCGCGCCCUCCCGGGCCCCUCCCGAGCCGGGCCGCCGCCCCUCGUCGCCGCGGGCACCGGCGCAGACAUGCGACGAGAGUAGCCUGCUAGCUUCGGAAGCACCGGACGAAGCCCCCCCUUCCCGGCCUGGGCGCGCCAAGAGGACAGGGGUUAAAAUGAAUGAAGACCUGAAGGUCAAUGUAAGCGGGCUGCCUCAGGAUUAUAUAGAUGCCGGUGCCCCAGAGAACGUCUCGACGGCUGCCUCCUCCUCGCAGGUUCCCGCUGUAGAGCCCGAGCCAGAGCUGGUGGUCAACCCCUGGGACAUUGUCCUGUGCACUUCGGGAACCCUCAUCUCCUGUGAGAAUGCCAUUGUGGUCCUUAUCAUCUUCCACAACCCCAGCCUGCGAGCGCCCAUGUUCCUGCUGAUAGGCAGCCUGGCUCUGGCGGACUUGCUGGCGGGCCUCGGACUCAUCAUCAACUUUGUGUUUGCCUACCUGCUGCAGUCGGAUGCCACCAAGCUGGUCACGAUCGGGCUCAUUGUCGCCUCUUUCUCCGCCUCCGUGUGCAGUUUGCUGGCUAUCACCGUGGACCGCUACCUCUCCCUGUACUAUGCCCUCACCUACCACUCGGAGAGGACCGUCACCUUCACCUAUGCCAUGCUCGUCAUGCUCUGGGGCGCAUCCAUCUGCCUAGGGCUGCUGCCGAUCCUGGGCUGGAACUGCCUGCGGGACGAGUCCACCUGCAGCGUGGUCAGACCCCUCACCAAGAACAAUGCUGCCAUCCUGUCAGUUUCCUUCCUUUUCAUGUUCGCACUCAUGCUUCAGCUCUACGUCCAGAUCUGUAAGAUUGUGAUGCGGCACGCCCACCAGAUAGCCCUGCAGCAUCACUUCCUGGCCACGUCACACUACGUCACCACGCGCAAAGGGGUCUCCACGCUGGCCAUCAUCCUGGGAACCUUUGCCGCCUGCUGGAUGCCCUUCACCCUCUACUCCUUGAUAGCCGAUUACACCUACCCGUCCAUCUACACCUAUGCCACCCUGCUGCCAGCCACCUACAACUCCAUCAUCAAUCCCGUCAUCUAUGCAUUCAGAAACCAGGAGAUCCAGAAAGCGCUCUGCCUGGUUUGCUGCGGCUGCAUCCCGCCCAGUCUGUCCCAGCGCGUGCGGUCACCCAGCGACGUGUAG